AUGACGAUUGACUUGACAGUGCCCGUUUUCCUCUGGUUUCAAUACAAUUUCUUCGAACAUACGUGCAACUCUUUCAAAAUUUCUCGUGUAGAUGUAAAUACGCAAGGAAUCAACGCUCCACUUGCUGGCUUGGGAAUACUAAGGUUCUUCCUUCUACGCGCGGUGCCUCUCCUUGUCUUACGUCAGCAAGGCCCUUCACAAAGUUAUGGUCCGCUAACAUUGUUCCAUGUGCACCGAGCCUGGUUCGUGGCGGAAAACUCGCACGGCACGGCUGCAAAGUGCUGUCUCUGACGCAUGGAAAAUGUCUUAUGGCACGGAGAGGUGUCUAAAGCAAUCCCUGAGAAAUUUACACGCGUUUAGCUGAUGGCUGCUCCUGCCAAUAACCAAAGUCGAGGUACCCGAAAGAGACAAUCAGCCAUGCAUGCUUGGUCAUAA